UGUGUUCUCCUUGGGGUGGGAACAGAAAACGAAAGGACAGACAGAAAGGCUCAGGGCCCUGAAGCAGCUGGACGUUCUGAAAGUCUGAUUCCCACUUUGACAGUCUCUUCCAAAAGGCCAUAUGUAGCCUGGCACGGAGGGCACAGGAGAUCGGCUCUGUCCUCCAUCAUCCUGACCUGGCCAAGAUAGCAAGAGCCACUGAUCCUGUCACCACUGCUUAGUGUGAGCUGGGGAACAGGUCUAGCAUCCAGCUUCUGUGAGCACAGGAAACAAGCCCUGGAAAAGCGUCAAAGGAGUCAGAGACCAGAUGCCCAAGUCCUGAGGCCGUUGGGGUGCUUCGAACCCCUGCAUCCUCAACAGCAUCUCCACUGCACCCUCUUCAGCAGGAUAGGAAGCUGAUAAGCACCUCUCCCUUCCUCUGAGGAGAGGUCAUCUUUUCAGACGGCGCUUGCUGACACCGCCAUGUCAAGUCGGAUCCCUCUCCAUGCACUCUGCUGCGUCCUUCUCCCCUGGGCAUUCACCACCUUUCACCAAGCCCUGGGGAACCCGGGGAGGAUAAGAGGCCUGCCACUGUGGCCCCUCUGCUCAGCCCCCCAUCCGGGUCCCCACUACCUUCUGCUCCCCAUCCACGAGGUCAUUCACUCUCGUCGUGGGGCCACGGCCACACUGCCCUGCGUCCUGGGCACCUCGCCUCCCAGCUACAAGAUACGCUGGAGCAAAGUGGAGCCCGGGGAGCUCCGAGAAACGAUAAUCCUCAUCACCAACGGACUGCACGCCCGAGGCUACGGGCACCUGGGAGGGCGGGCCAGCAUGCGGAGGGGGCAUCGACUGGACGCCUCCCUGGUCAUCAAGAACGUGCGCCUGGAGGACGAGGGCCGGUAUCGCUGCGAGCUCAUCAAUGGCAUCGAGGACGAGAGCGUGGCACUGACCCUGCGCCUGGAGGGUGUGGUAUUUCCGUACCAACCCAGCCGGGGCCGCUACCAGUUCAAUUACUUCGAGGCGAAGCAGGCGUGCGAGGAGCAGGACGGACGCCUGGCCACUUAUAGUCAACUGUACCAGGCGUGGACCGAGGGGCUGGACUGGUGCAACGCCGGCUGGCUGCUGGAGGGCUCGGUGCGCUACCCUGUGCUCAACGCGCGCGCCCCGUGUGGCGGUCAUGGGCGGCCAGGCAUCCGCAGCUACGGGCCCCGCGAUCGCAGCCGUGACCGCUACGACGCCUUCUGCUUCACUUCGGCGCUGGCAGGCCAGGUGUUCUUCGUGCCCGGGCGACUGACGCUCUCUGAAGCCCACGCGGCGUGCCGGCGGCGGGGAGCUGUAGUAGCCAAGGUCGGGCACCUCUACGCUGCCUGGAAGUUCUCGGGGCUGGAUCGGUGCGAUGGAGGCUGGCUGGCGGACGGCAGCGUUCGCUUCCCCAUCACCACGCCGCGGCCGCGCUGCGGGGGCCUCCCCGACCCCGGGGUGCGCAGCUUCGGUUUCCCCCGGCCCCAGCAGGCGGCCUACGGAACCUACUGUUACGCCGAGAAGUGAGAGCACUGCCCCUGCCACGUGCGACAGAAAGAGCCAGCGCGGCGCUCCAGGCUCCCGGGCGGAGGGGCGUCCCAGGCAUUAACUUACCAAUAAAAUAACAUUGCGUCUUCUUUGUUCGAUAAGCUGUAGGGCUUGGAGGCUUGGAGUAUGUGAGAGGAUCUGGCCCUGGACACAAAGCCCCUACAGCACAUCUACAAUCUAGAGGAGAGGUUUAAUUGCUUCUGUGACCCAGCAAAAUUAAGGGUUUGUGACGAGAUGCCAUCAAGAGCUAGGAGAGGAAAGCUCGCAGGCCUGGCCAUCCUCGCAGGAGAAGCGGGGCUUGUCGUUAGAUUUAGCCAGCCACCCAAAGAUUUCUCAUUCAAAUUUGCCAGAAGCACUCCAAACUCCCCAAACUGCUGAGGCCUUACAGAACAGACAUUCGGUGGGUCUAAGCACACCUUUAAGUGUACCUAGAAGUGUUUCCAAGGCCUGUCUUAAUUGAUUAGUAAAUUAGUUAAUUAAUUUGAGACAAGGUCUCUCAUUAUAGCCCCGGUUGUCCUCUGUCACCAUGUAGACCAGUCUAGCCUUGAAUUCACACAGAUCGGUCUACCUCUGUUCCCCGAGUGCUAAAGUGUACAAUUAAAGAUAGUAAAGUCCUGGGGCUGGAGAGAUGGCU